AUGUCUUACCCACUCGGAAAUUCCGGGCAACCUGAACGCAUGGAAAACUACUUGGAAAGUGUAGACCCUCAUUGGGCCGGCGCAGAGACAUCUCCCUUUGUCGGCGAAGUCUCUCAUCCCUACACGACGGCUCAUGGUUCUGCUGCGGCUCUGACCCCGAUCAGCGUCGCCGAUAGCUCAUUCCUCCCGCCCAGACCCAGUCCGGUCCUGAGUCAUCACUCGCAGGAGUAUCAAUACCCAGCUAUCGACGACUCUGUCGCCCGUCACGGGUUGGGCAUCACCACUCCGUACCAAGGGCAAUUUGUCCAGGCGACCCCCUUCGAGUUUGGCUAUCCCCCUGGAGCAGCCGAGUUUGGUGGUUACGGCUCCGAACAUGGUCUUGAUUCUCCUCAACCGCCCCGAUCGAAACGGCCACGUCGGCCCACCAGAACGACACCGCCGAUGCGAUACUCCCCAGUCAGAAUUCUUCCUCAUCCUGCCGGGCUGCAGCGUUUAGAACAGGAGCGACGCCAGAGUCAGGGGAACGAUUCUCCGCAGCGGGAGCCGCAGCGGCCGCGGGCCUCAGGCAGAGGUCGACGAGAUCCCCAGGCGGAAGAGGAGGAUGCCUACGUCGAGAGUCUACGCCAGCAAAAUCUGUCAUGGAAGGUCGUUGCCGAGAUGUUCCGGGAGCGAUUCAACAAAGAGUCGACCGAAGCACGGCUACAGAUGCGGAUGCUCCGAAGGCGAAAGAGCGCGGCCGCAUGGCAUGAGGCUGAUAUUCCUCUACUCCUCGAAGCUCAUGAAUAUUGGCAAAACGAGAAAUACAAAAUCAUCGCAGCGAAGCUACAAGAACUGGGGGCGACACGGACAUACACAGAACAACAAUGUGAAUCCCAGCUACGGAUACUCCUCGCGGGGGGGACGGAGGAGGAGACCAAUAUCCCACCACCUCCACCUCCUCCACCACUUCCUCCUCCUUCUCAAUCACCGGAUUCUCAACGCCCGGCAAAACGAAAACGUACACUAGAAGUUACAGAAGACCAAUGA